AUGGUGCGCCCAGAAGAGCACAGUGGCUUGAGCCAUACCAAUGACCCGGCCUUUACUCAUCUCCCGACCAUUGAUCUCGGGAACCACUUCGAGUGGCAGCCAGUUUCUCCCGGAGAACCGGAGGAAGCCGUGCUAGUGAAAGUGGUCGAGGCAAAACACUCCACACCCUGGCCGGACAUCGUGAACCGGUCCCCGUGGAGCAUCACAAUCAUUGGAAACCCAGAGGCAGCGCCCCACGUGGACGUGGUCUUCGCCUACCACCACGCAAUCGGCGACGGUCUAAGCGGGAAAAUCAUUCAAAACGCACUACUUUCCGCCCUGUUAAAGACUCCGAUCCCCUCGGGCGACAUCCCAGACGCCCUCCCCACCCUACGCUACCCCGAGCCGCCCUCGCUCCCGCCCAGCCAAGAAGACGCGGUCAACAUCACCCUUAGCUGGCGGUACAUCCUCAAGGCGAUCUGGUCGGAGAUACGCCCGUCCUUCCUCGCCCCCGCCGUCCCCAAGUACUGGAGCGGCGCACCCAUCGACCUCGCGAGACCGUACAAGACCCGCGCCCGCAUCGUGACCAUAGACGGCGAGACGGCGUCCAACCUCGUCGCCCUGUGCCGGACGCACGGCACCACCCUCACCGGCUUAGCCCACGCCCUCAUGUUCACCUCCUUCAUCCGCCAGCUCCCCGACGAAAAGGUGUACCUUAGCCAAACCCCCAUGACGCUGCGCCCGUACGCGUCCGCGCCGGGCUGGGACCUGAACAAGACCAUGUCCGUCCUCGUGACCAGCUUCACCCACUCCUUCACCCCCGAGGAGGUCGCGGCUCUCCGAUCCCGCCUGUCCGAGGGCACCUCCGGUGAUGAUGCAGGCUCCUCUCUCGAGGACAAGAUCUGGGAAGUUGCCGGCCGCGUGAAGCGCGAGCUCAAUAAGAGGGCCGAGACGCUGCCCGCGGACGACAUCGUCGGACUGCUCCGAUGGGUGUCCGACUGGCACGAGCGGGCGAAGAAGCUGGACGGCAAAGCGCGCUCUUCGUCCUGGGAGGUCAGCAACGUCGGCGUCAUCAGCGGGGGUGAUGACAGCGGCGUCGCUGCGAGGAUUUCGCGCCACGUGUUUACGCAGUCCGCCGUCGUCACGGGCGCUGGGGUGGGCGCCAGUGUCGCGGGUUGCAAGGAGUCCGGUACCGUAACCAUCGGCCUCACCUGGCAGGACGGCGUGAUAGACGAUGCGCUGGUAGAAGGUGUUGCCUCGGAUCUGGAGAAGUGGUCUGUCAGCUUGGGCGCUUCAGGAAAGUUGCGCUGA